AAAAAUAAUUUACAUUGUUAGAAAAAUUCUGUCUGCCACAUUCAUGUUAUUUAUUGGCAACUCUAAAAAUUUAUUGUCAAAAUUGUCAAUCUACCAUCUCGAAUUCGUUGGCAUCGGCAAAUAACACGCUGCAACUAAAUAUUUAUUCAGUUUUAUUUAAUCCGCAAAAAUGCAUCCCGAUCUUACUGAGCGCAUAUUGCAACAUUUAGAAGGAGUUGACAAGGUGAACACUAUUGAUUUAGCCACACUAUUUGGUGUUGGUCACCAAAAAAUUGUGGGAGCAUUAAAAAGUAUUGAAGCCCAUGGGGAGUUGGUAAUCGCCGAAACAACAACUGGAAAGAAUUUAGAGUUAACAGAUGAAGGUCAGACGGUAAUGCAGAAUGGUAGCCACGAAGCCGUUGUUUACGCAGCUGUUCCACUCGAUGGUAUUCUACAAGAAGAGCUCAUGAAAAUCAGCCCAAAUGCAAAGAUUGGAUAUAGCAAAGCUAUGUCGCUCGGUUGGUUAUUUUUGGACAAAUCUGUUACUCCACCACUAGUAAAAAGAAAGGUGGAAAAAAUCGAAGAUACCGUUAAGAAGUCCCUUGAAGAGAUCUCAAAGAAUCAAACCGAUUUGCCUCCUCAUGUGAUAAAAGAAUUUAAGAAACGGAAGUUAUUACAAGAGAUUAUAAUAAAAAGUUUUGUAUUGAGUAAGGGACCUGAAUUUGCUACAACAUUAACGAAGUUGGAAACAGAUUUAACGAUUGACAUGUUGGCUAGUGGUCUGUGGAAGGAUCUUAAAUUCAAGGCUUACAAUUUCGAUGCUUUGGGAGCUGCUCCGGUGAGAGGCCAUCUACACCCACUACAAAAAGUACGUACGGAAUUCCGGCAGAUAUUUUUGGAAAUGGGAUUCUCAGAGAUGCCUACAAACAAUUACAUUGAGUCAUCUUUCUGGAAUUUCGAUGCUUUAUUUGUACCACAACAACAUCCAGCGCGAGAUGCACAAGACACUUUCUUUAUUAGUCACCCGGCAAAAAGCUACAAAUUCCCUCGAGAAUAUAUGCAACGAGUGCAAGAGGUACAUUCAAAGGGUGGUUAUGGAUCCACAGGAUAUGUGUACGAUUGGAAAUUAGAAGAGGCACAAAGGAAUACACUGCGCACCCAUACUACAGCAGUAAGUGCUCGAAUGCUAUAUAAAUUGGCAAAUCAGCCCGAAGGUUUUCGGCCAGUAAAAUACUUUAGUAUUGACAAGGUAUUCCGUAAUGAGACAUUGGAUGCAACCCAUUUGGCGGAAUUCCAUCAAGUGGAGGGUGUGGUAGCCGAUGUAGGUCUAACUUUAGGUGAUUUAAUUGGCACGCUAUACGAGUUCUUCCGCAAGCUCGGCAUUGAAAAGUUGGAAUUUAAGCCAGCUUAUAAUCCCUACACUGAACCCAGUAUGGAGAUUUUUUGCUUCCAUCCCGGACUGAAUAAAUGGAUUGAAGUUGGCAAUUCGGGUGUUUUCCGACCGGAACUUUUGCUGCCAAUGGGUUUGCCAGAAAAUGUUAAUGUCAUUGCUUGGGGCUUAUCUUUGGAAAGACCAACCAUGAUAAAAUAUGGCAUUAAUAAUAUACGAGACUUGAUUGGACCAAAGGUUGACUUGAAAAUGGUUGAAGAGGGCCCCAUCUGCCGUUUGGAUAAAUAAAUUGAGAUGUUUUAGAAAUUAUCUAAAGAAAAAAAACCAUACAUUUUGAUAAUCCUAUGUUAAUUACUUAAUUUAAUAAAUGAGAAAAAAAUAUAUAUAUAGUUCAUCCUAUGGUCUAAGGCAAGUGCUGUUAUAUAGUAUUAUUUUAUGUAUAUUUAUAUACUUAAAGUAAAAUCUGACUGAAUAUAUUUGCAUUUUGUUCACAUCACUUCACACGAGUAGCUAAAUACAAUUUACAUUUUAUGUUUGAUUUGCAAGCAAAUGAAGGCAAGCGUUAAAACGUUUGACAAAUUUUAAAAUAACUGCAGAUGUCGCAAGCGACUCAGAUGUCAUCGUUUUUUGUUGAUUUCCUUUGUUGUACAAUUCCGCAAUUAUCAACAAAUUGUAGACACGUACAUAUAUGUUUAAUUUCUAAAAACAAGGCUAAUAUUUUUAAAUGGAUAAUAGUAAUAGACAAGAUGACGAAAAACCAACCACGGAAAGUGAUGUAGCCGCCACUUCAUUAUUGAAUCAAUUCAUUUUGGGUCAAUUGAAGGAGAAUCAGAGUUCGAACGGUGUAAACGGAUUGCGAAAUGGAUUUGUAUUACCUAAAUUACAAUUCGGUAGUCCAAAAGCUGGACAAUUUGUUAUACCGCCUUUGAAAUUAUCACAUCCAAAUAAUACUCCAAUGUGCAACGCGGAAUUAUCACAAUUGGUAAUUACGCAGGCUCCAAAAACUAAGCAAAUAUUGAAUGAAAACAUUGUUGAAAUAAGUAAUGGCGUCAACAAUUUACAAGUAAAUGACGCUUUACUUGAAAGAACAAAAGUGGAAACAUCAAAGCAUACAAUCGAUCUUACUGCUGCAUUGAGCACCACUGCUGGCUUUAUUGUGCAAAAUAAAAGAACUACAUCAGUAGCUGUUGAGGAUUUUCAGAUACCAUUUAUAGAAUGUGAUCGGCAAGAGAAAUCUUUACUACUGCCUGUCAUAGAGAAUUACAGCCAACGGAUUGCAGAUGCCAACGCAGUAUAUAAAGGCAAAUUAGUGUCAACCCCAUCAUCAUGCGGACGUAUUAUUUGUCUCAAAUAUAAACACAAACGUGCUUUGCCGAAAAUAUGCCAUAGUUUUAAAGUGAAACAUAAAAUACAACGUUUUCGUUUCGAUUCUAAAUCGCCAGAUGAUCUUGUAUUAGCUACAUUAAGUAAAUAUCACCGACAAUACUGACCAUACUCACCAAGACGGGUGGUUCCCAGUCAGCAAAAACUAAUCGAUUUUGAAUGCAGAAAUGUAAGCAUUCGAUGGAUUGACGUUUGUAAUAUUCAAAUAUUGUACAAAAAUACUAAAUUAGAUGGUUAUAAAGAGAA